AUGUGUAACUCACCAAUUUUGGUCAACCAACGCGCGUGCCCCUCCUUCUUUACACCGCAACGAAAGCAUAGUGCGGAAUCUCUCACGAAUGGGCUGAACGGCAUGCCUCUCUCACUCCGUGGCGUGGUGCCGGAUGAUAUGUUUCUAGGGGGUGACACGCCAGCGUCAUUCACCUCGUUUCCGUCGCCGCCUUCAGCGCGCCGUAGAGGGCGUUCAAACCGCGAAGUGUUGGAGGCCAUGCUGCGGAGCGACGCGAUAGCAGCGGAGCGCAAGGAAGAGUCACGCAGAAUGGCGUUGCAACAGGAGUUGUCUCAGUGCCGCCCCGCACCCCGCAUUAGUGCCAUAGGCCAGAACCUCCCACGUGAUGCAGACGUCUUCGAGCGGCUGGGGUGUAUGCACGAGGAAAAGCAGAGGGUUGGCGAUCUCAAGCGGCGGGAAUGGGAGCAGCAGCAGUCGCGGGACAUGGAGAGGUGUUUUGUGCCAAAUAUAACUGGUAGAGGACACUAUGCGGAGGGUCGUGCGCUGCAGGAGACUGAGGAGUAUCCGCAACGCCGUCAGCAACGGGAGAAGGAAAUGGUGCAGCUUGCUGAGGUUUUCCGGCACCGCCGUUUAGCAGAAGAGAUUGCAGAAUUGUGCGCCUCACCUAAAAUCAACCUUCGCAGUGAAGAUAUUGUGCGGCGUGCACGGGAGCGGAGUGGUGGUGACGAAAGGCUUCAUGUUGACAGCAUACUGGAGCGCAGAGCGAUCGCGCAGCUUGCGCUGUGGGAAAGACAUGAACGCCGAGAGGUAGAGGCCUUAUCAUUCAAUCCGCGCAUUACGGCCCACGCUGCGGGGCUGAAGCACAACGGCAUGGUCGUUGAACGACUGAGCUCCAGCGCAAAGGCGACGAACCCACGACAAGGCGAGGACACAAGGCAAGCAAGGAGUGAGCCGCGGUUGCGGUUCCGAACUGCCGGGCAUCCCUUUCAACGCAAGCAAAAUAGAAACCUACGUGGCACAGAGGUUCAUCCCGUGCAACAGCGAAACCCCAGUAGGAAGUCGAUUGACUCCCGCACGACCUCCAUGGAGGAGCGGCAGCGUCAGUACAAAAUACGGCGGGAGGAGAAGAUCCGCGCCGUUUUUGAGGCGGAGCGACGACUGCAUACACCGGCCAUCAACCCCAUUUCGGAAAUGAUCUCAGCCAAUCUUCCUGUGUCGUCCGCCGAGCGCUUAAUGAUAAGUAGCACAAGGGGCGACAACGGAGUCGUCCAGGCGAGCGAUAGCAGCAGCGUCACACCAGGAUGUGGUUCUUUCUGUCUCCGCGCUAGAAACGUGAUCCGGUGCAGUGGCGCCAAUGCUCAUGAUGAUGGCCCCGAGGAAUACGUUUUGCCUAGUCAAUUCCCAAGCUGGGCGAACACUAGAGUAUCACAGACGCGUGGCAAAGAGGAAAUCUACGAAAGGGCACUUCGUUGGAAGCAGCGACGAGAUGACAAGGUUCAGGGGAUGCGUACCGAGCUGCAUGAAGAGAAGACAUGGCGGUCAAUGCAAUCAGCGGGCGUCACGCAGAAGGCUGACAAGGAUGUGAAGGACACUCCGACCUCACCUAACACAUGCUGUGAGAAGCAGUUUCUUGAUAGCUACGUUACUCCGCGAGCACCGACAGGUAUGACUGAGGGAACCAGAACGCCAGAUGUGCUUUCAUUACGAAGAAUAACUGGUGAUGAAAGGUGUUAG